GUUUGAUGCCCAUCAGGACCAUGGCCCAGUUCUCCUGCGAGGACGAGCCGGUGCUGCAGGCGAUGCUGAAGCAGUUGUUCCAGAGCGUGAAGGAGAAAAUCACCGGUGCUCCCUCCCUGGAGUGCGCCGAGGAGAUUCUUCUACGUCUGGAGGAAACUGAUGAAAAUUUCCACAAACACUCAGUCAUGUAGUGAAAACUGAACAGAGGACUGUGUUGGACACCAUUAUAGAUUCAGAAUUAUGGGAAAUAAGCUAUGAAUUUGUGAAAUAUCUUAGGCAGCACAUAUGUGACACAUUGGGAUCUAUGAUUGAAGAAGAAAUGGAGAAAUGCGUAUCUGACCAGAAACAGGGUGAGGAAUCUGGCUAUGACACAGUUGUUCAACAUGUUACUAAAAGAACUCAGGAGUCUAAAGAGUAUAAAGAAAUGAUGCAUUCCCUGAAGAAUGUGAUGAUGGUAGUGGUAGAGUCUAUGAUUAAUAAGUUUGAAGAAGAUGAGAUACGAAGUCAAGAGAGGCAGAGAAAAAUCCAGAAGGAGAAAAGCAAUAGCUACUGCACUGAUAACUGCUCUGACAGUGACUCAUCAUUCACUCAGAGUUACAAAUUUUGUCAAGGAAAAUUACAAUUGAUUUUCGAUCAGUUGGAUCCUGGGCAACCUAAGGAGGUUCGCUAUGAAGCUUUGCAAGCUCUAUGUUCUGCUCCUCCAUCUGAUAUUCUGAACUGGGAGAACUGGACAGCUCUCUGUGAGAAACUGACCCUGUCUCUUUCAGAUCCCGAUCCUGUGUUUAAUGACCGGAUUUUAAAAUUCUAUGCACAGACAUUUACACUUUCACCAUUACAUAUGACCAAGGAAAUUUAUAUAAGCUUGGCUAAAUAUUUGGAGUUACACUUUCUUUCUAGAGAAAAUCAUAUCCCUACUCUGUCAACGGGAGUAGACAUAACUAAUCCCAAUGUGAUCCGCUUACUUAAAAAGGUUCGUCUUCUGAAUGACUAUCAGAAAGAGGUCUCAUCUUUCUGGAUUCGUCACUCAGAAAAAUAUAUGGAAGAAAUUGUGGAGAGUACCUUGUCCUUGUUGUCAGUUAAACAUGAUCAAAGCCAUGUAAUCUCACAAAAGAUUCUGGAUCCAAUCUACUUUUUUGCAUUAGUUGAUACUAAGGCUGUAUGGUUCAAAAAGUGGAUGCAUGCAUAUUAUAGCAGAACUGCAGUCUUAAAACUUCUUGAAAAGAAAUACAAGUCUCUGAUAAUUACAGCAGUUCAGCAAUGUGUUCAGUACUUGGAACUAUGUGAGGCUGUGAAAACUGAUGAAAUUUUGGGACAUUCAAAACAUGGCAUGAAGCAGAAGAGCUUCUACUAUUCACGACAAGAACUGCAAUAUAUUUAUUUCAUUCACUCACUAUGUCUUUUGGGAAGGUUGUUGGUCUAUAAACAAGGCAGAAAAUUAUUUCCUAUAAAGCUAAAAAAUAGAAAAGACUCUGUAUCUCUCACAAAUCUGCUGGUUCUAUUUACUCAACUCAUCUGUCAUUCACCAAAUUGUGUGAAGUUGACAUCAUUCGCACAUUCUGAGAACUAUUCUCCUGCAAGUAUGGUGACUGAAGUUCUACGGAUACUGUGUGAUCAAAAGGCAUGUGCAGUGGAGUGCUUGUACAAUAAUACUGUGGUAGAGGCGCUUCUUCAGCCUAUUCAUAGCCUCAUGAAUGGAGCUGAGGCUGCUCCACAUUGCUCUGAAACAGCUUUAAUUCAUGUAGCUGGAAUCUUGGAAAGAGUGGCUUCUGUAGAAGAAGGACUGACUUUGCUUCUCUAUGGAGAAAACAUGAGUUCUUCUGAAGAAGAGAGUCCUACAGGUGCUCAUAUAAUUGCCAAGUUUUCAAAGAAACUCCUUGUUGAAGAUAGUUCUAUAUUCUCUGGAUCUGAACUGUUGCCUUUAGUUAAAGGAGCUUUGCUUUCAGUGUGUCGUCAAAUCUACAGUACAUGUGAAGGCUUACAGGCUCUGCUUCCUUAUGGUUUACAUGAGUCUAUAGCACAGGCAUGGAGGAAGACAAGUUUGCUUUCCGGAAGAAUUCCCACUCCAGUAGAGGGUUCAGAUUCUGUUUCUUCAAUAAGCCAGAAAUCUCUAAACAUUAUGGCUUUGGAAGACAAUUUGUUAGAUGAUUUACUAAAUUUUGCUGCCACCCCCAAAGGAUUACUACUUCUCCAAAGAACAGGUGCCAUCAAUGAAUGUGUGACAUUUAUGUUCAAACAAUAUGCAGAAAAACUGCAGAUCCACAGGGAGAAAAAGUUUGUCUAUGGAGUUUUGGUUGUGCAAGUGGCAUCCACAGCUGCAGGUGCAGUAGCUCUGCAAAAUUCAGGGUUUAUCAGUGCUCUACUAAUGGAGUUAUGGUCUAACCUUGAAUGUGGAAGAGAUGAUGUUAGGGUAAUCCACCCCAAAUCUACUCCAGUAGAUCCUAUUGACCGAAGUUGUCAAAAGUCUUUUCUAGCACUGGUGAACCUGUUGUCCUUUCCUGCCCUGUAUGAGCUGGUGGGCCAUCAAGAGCUGCCCGAUAAAGCAGAGUAUUCCCUUCGGGAAGUUCCGGCAUGUAUCAUUGAUAUCAUUGAUAGGCUUAUCAUUUUGAACUCAGAAGCUAAGAUUUGCUCUUUAUUCAAUUAUGAACAAUCACACAUCUUUGGUCUAAGAUUAUUAAGUGUGGUAUGCUGUAAUUUGGACACUCUGCUAUUAUUGGAGGCUCAGUAUCAAGUAUCUAAAGUGUUACUACGUGCACAGGAAGAAAAUGUCAUUGAGACGUCUGAAAACCACAGGGACUUUAUAAUUGAUGGUUUAUCAGUAGAGAGAAAUCAUGUACUUGUAAGAAUAAAUCUUAUUGGUGGGCCAUCUGAGCGGAUUUUGCCUCCCAGGAUGCUAGAGAAGGGUUCUGACCCAUACCCAUGGCCAAUGUUCUCAUCCUUUCCUGUGCCCUACUGCUACCUGUCAGGAAUUCCUGGAGAUGAUAUCAAACAAGACAGCAAUCUUGGCAAGCUAUUUUCAUGCUUCAAAGGAUACGAUAAACAAACUGAGUGGAUAGAAAACUACCGAAGGCAAUUUUGCAAAAUGAUGAAGACCAAACCUGAUGUAAUUGGUGGAGGAACUUUAGGAGAAUUACUUGAAAAGUUUGUGCUUCAUAUCACUGAAAACCCAUCUGAAUGCUACUUCCCUUCAGUGGAAUAUACAGCUUCUGAUGCAAGUAUGAAGAGUGGAAGUCUUUCAUCUGUGCAGCAGCUUGGCCUUACAAUGGUUGUCAGGUAUGGUAAAUUUCUUAGCUUGUUAAAAGAUGGUGCAGAAAAUGAUCUUGCCUUGGUUUUAAAGCACUGUGAGAAAUUUCUGAAGCAACAGCAAUCUCCUGUGAAUUCUUCUCUUCUCUGCCUGCAGGCAAAUUAUGUUGGCCAUGACUGGUUCGCAUCUUCGCUGUUCCUGAUAAUGUUGGGGGACAGAGAGAGGACGAUCCACUUUCUCCAGCAGUUUUCCAGACUACUGGCCUCUGCAUUCCUUUGGGUGCCAAGACUACAUAUUUCUAAGUACCUCCCUGUGGAUAACAUAGACACUGGGACCCACCCAAUCUACUUCUGUAGUGCUCACUGUGUUGAAAUGUUGCUGAAGGCUGAGCUGCCACUUGUGUAUUCAGCAUUUCACAUGUCUGGUUUUGCACCAUCACAGAUUUUCCUGCAAUGGACAACUCAGUGUUUUUGGAAUUAUUUAGACUGGAUUGAAAUAUGCCAUUAUAUUGCUACUUGUAUUUUCCUUGGUGCAGAUUACCAAGUAUAUAUCUGCAUUGCUAUAUUCAAACAUCUACAACAAGACAUUCUCCAGCACACACAGACUCAAGAUCUGCAAGUUUUUCUAAAAGAGGAAGCACUGUGUGGGUUUCGCGUGAGCAACUACUAUGACUACAUGGAAGUUUUGGAGCAAAACUACCGACCAAUACUGCUGAGAGACAUGCAUGGCAUCAGAGCACAGAGCACAUAAAAGACGAGAGGCACAGCUUAAUUCUGUUUAUUUGUUUUUUAAAGGAAGCAAGGAGGCCUGACUGUUUUCUGUCUGUAUCUAUAACAUAUGCUUUGUGAAUAUAUGCAUUGUAAAUCAAUACUAAGAGGUUUUAAAUAUAAUAUAUUCAUGUUGGUCUUAACUCCAUUUAUGACAUGAAGUUAAUUCAUGGUUCUUACAGUUUUGAGGUCAGACAUAGGUUUUAGUGUGUAUUUACAUUUGGCUUAACUCAAAUAAAUUAAACACAUUAAUCUAAGACCUGAAAGUGUGAAUCUACUGGGGGAUAACCUAGAGGAAAGAUUUUUAGGAUCCAGGCAUAGGCAAUAACUUUGAAUAUGACUCCAAAUCAUAGAAAUAAAAGAAAUAAUUAACAAAUGUACUUCAUCAAGUUAAAAAGCUUCUGCACCCCCUCCCCAAUGAAGAAAAGAGCUCACAGAGUGGGGAAAAACGUUUAGCAAGUAUUCAUGUGUGAGAAGAGUAGUAUCUUGAUAUACAUAGAAAGCAACAAAAGUGAAGAACAUAGCCCACAGGGUGGGGGGAUAAUCUUUGCCAUAUGUUAGAUUAACAUCUAGAUGAACAUAGAAAGCAAAAGACUGAAAAUCACACCCCAUAAAGUUGGGGAAACUUCUCUACCAAAGCAUUCCUAUGUGAAAGAUGUAAUAUCUUAAAUGUAGAGUGCAAAAACAUGAAGAACAAUGAAAAAGCAAAAAGUCCAGUUGACACAGGGCAAUGUUAAUGAAAUGGAUUGCAGUGGUGAUGGACAAAUGGACCAUAAACUCAUGAAAAAAGGUCCUCACAUUAAACCUCAGACACAUUACAUCAAAAUUAUGUUGAGAUUCCUCUUGGCUUAAUGAUUAUCAACAAAAAAAAAAAAUAAGUAAGAUGUUUGUAUGUGUGGAAGAAACUUAAAAACUGUUGGUGAUAAUGUAAACAAGUCCAGCCACUAUUGAAAAUCAAUAUGGAGCUUCCUCAAAAAAACUAAAAAUAGUUCUGUCAUAUAAUCCCAUCUAUUUCACUUCAGGAUAUAUACCCAAAAAAUAAAAGUCAGCUUGUGA